ACAGUUGCUAAUAGCUGUUAGUCUGUUACUGAUUACGAUCUUACCCUAAGUGCCGUAUUAUAAGUUAUUUCUAUAUUUACAAUGAAUUGAGAAACCUAAAUAUAAAUAACAGAUCGGAAGUAAACACUCAAGUAUAUAAAAAUGGCAAAUCACUAUGAAGUACCAAAUUGGGCUGGUAAACCUCCUACCGGGCUUCACUUGGAUGUGUUAAAAGGGGACAAACUAAUACAGAAACUGAUGAUAGAUGAGAAGAAAUGCUACCUCUUUGGCCGUAACCCACAGAUGAAUGACUUCUGCAUAGAUCACGCAAGUUGUUCCAGGGUUCAUGCUGCGUUUGUUUAUCAUAAACACUUGAACCGAGCAUUUCUGGUUGAUUUGGGUAGCACUCAUGGCACAUAUAUUGGUCAGAUGCGGUUGGAAGCUCACAAACCCACUCAAUUACCAAUCGACUCAACAUUUCACUUUGGGGCUUCAACAAGAAAUUACAUAAUUAGGGAGAGACCAACAGGAAAUUCUCGAGGAAUCAUGGAGGACUUACCAAACACAGAGACUGAGGGUGCCUUACUGGGGUUGCCAGAGACACAAACAGAAUUAGAUAAUCUAACGGAAUUCAAUACAGCACACAACAGAAGAAUUUCAAUGUUGGGUAUUUCUACUGAUGAUGGAAGUGAUGUUAUGAAGCCAACAACUGGUACAAAACGUUCAGCAUCGAUGCCUGGAGGUGUAUCAAAGAAACAGAAACGUAACGUGUCUUUCAAUGAAGAGGUGGAUAUAAUAAACCCUGAAGAUAUUGACCCAACAGUGGGCAGAUUUAGAAACUUAGUACGAUCGACUAUUGUACCGAAUGCUAAUGCUCCACCAAGGAAGUUAAAAUUACAAAAUGCUGAUGAAAGUCAACACCAUCAUUCACUGAGACUGCAAGAAAUAUCACGUAGCAACAAUUUAUAUUCAGACUUACCAGCACCCAGUUCUCAUUUAAGUCUUAUUGGCGCAAGGUUGGGUCUCUCUUUACCAAAUCCAGCACCGGAUGUAGAGUUAGAAGGACCGGAACCACAUUUGAAUAUCCAUCCACCUUUACCACACGCAGCCGCAGAAGAGUCUGGGCCAUCAAGUGAACCCAAGAAAAAGAAAUACGCCAAGGAGGCCUGGCCGGGAAGAAAGCCGGGGCUAAUACCCGGUGUUUGAGUGUAAUUUCAUUUAGAUAUAAGGUGCAGAUAAUAAAAUGGACUUUUAUAAAAACUUUUUUCAAUUCGUGACAGAUAAAUAAAGAGCUAUUUAUGAAGAA